GAGGAUUCCAAUGAUAACUUUAACGAAGUUAUGAGCGAGCUUGCCGGCCCCCGGAAUCAAAGUUUGGCAUUUUCACGAUACUGGGAGAAUGUUGAGGACCUCAAAUCGCAGUCCACCAAAGAUCGCGAGCUGCUGAGUCAAGGUGCUAACGGGAUCAAGAGAACCUUCAACGAAAUCAAGACAGGAAUUGAGUACACUAACGACGACGAGCUAGUAAAGAGAAUAGACUGGGAAUUUUGGUCCGAAGUGAUUAAUGAUUAUAGUUCUGUUCUUGAAAACAAAUCAGAGGAGCUAAUUGCCAAUAUCACGAAAGGAAUACCGCGAGAGCUCCGCGGAAUGGUGUGGCAGGUGAUCUGCAAUUCUAAGUCAAUGGAACUGGAGGAAUUCUUCCGUGCCAACCGCAAUUGUGAGAGUCAGUACCAGAAACUGAUCAAGAGAGAUUUGGCAAGAACGAGUUUUGUGACUAAUAGCGCUGUCAGAACGAAAAUUGUCGACCUGUACGAGAUCAUUAAGGUGUACAGCAUAUAUGACAAGGAGGUGGGCUAUACUCAGGGAAUGGCAUUUAUCACGGUUCCUUUACUCAUGAACAUGGAAGCCAGUGAGGCAUUCUGCAUGCUAGUGAAACUCAUGAACACAUACGACUUCAAGCAGCUCUUUGUGCCUCAAAUGCCUGGACUCCACUUGAAACUGUACCAGUUUGACAGACUCAUGGAAGACAAGCUGCCUGAACUGUAUUUGCAUUUAAAACGAGAAGGUGUGAGGUCCUCGAUGUAUGCCACCCAAUGGUUUUUGACAGUAUUUGGCUACAAGUUCCCAUUGGAAAUGGUGUUGCGCAUAUACGAUAUUGUCAUUGCCGAAGGUAUUGAGUCCCUUCUCAAAUUUGCUAUCAACCUGAUGAUGAAAAACCAAAAAGAGCUGCUGGAAUUGAGUUUCGAUGACUUGCUACCAUUUUUGAAAGACAAAUUAUUUUUCUACUACGUUGACAACAGCGGUGACGAUAACGCACGAAGAACGCUGGCAGAUGGCUAUUCAAACAGAGAAAUCUCCAUUGAUACGUACAAACUUGAAGAUUUUGUGGCCGACUCAAUGGCCAUCAACAUCCUCCCUGUGAAUCUUAAAAGAUACGAGGCAGAGUUUCUCGAAAUCCACAAGCUUGAAGGCGAGAUGGAAACCGAAAUUUCACAGCUCAAGACAAGAAAUGGCCAGCUUUUGCGAGACAUAAGGAAUAUCGAGGCAGCAUAUGCUACCCUUAAUCGGGAGCACGUAGAAAUUGCCAACGAAAUGGUGCAAGGAAAAAUGGAAAUUGCUCAUUUGCAGGACGAAAAUAGGCAACUUCAGGAACAGAUCGACGAACUAACAGAGAGGCUUCAAAGGCUGGAGAACCAAAACGACACGAACGUCGACUUUACCGGCGAGAUUUCCAAUAACAUGAAUAUGGAAAUCCAAAAGACCAUGGAAAGAAAUCUCGAGGUUAUGGAGGAAAAUCGGUUGUUGGAGGAACAACUCGCGUCGGUCACGAAGGAGCUUGCCGACAUAAAGGCCGAGAUCAGCGAAGCGAAGGGCAAGUGG